GCAUCUUCCAGGAACACCCACCUCUGAUUGACAGGGCGGCCCCAGCAACACCCGGAGAGAAAUGAAGUUCUACCGUUUUCCGGGGCGUGGCCAAGGACGCAGGCGGGACUUCCUAGCCAGCUGUCAAUAGUUUCCUGCGUGUACCGGAAGUUCCCUCAGGGAAACCCCGGAAGCCAGAGUAGUGUGGCUCUUCGUACCUACAGGCGAAGGAGUGUUUUGGGAGCUUGUGAGACUAGAAGACUGAUCAAGACUAGAAGGUUCUCGGCUAGGUCGUCUCUUCCUUCCGGCCCGACAAUGGCGACGUACACCUGCAUCACCUGCCGGGUGGCGUUCCGCGAUGCGGAGAUGCAGCGGGCUCACUACAAGACCGACUGGCACCGCUACAACCUGCGGCGCAAGGUGGCUAAUAUGGCCCCGGUGACCGCCGAAGGCUUCCAGGAGCGGGUGCGAGCGCAGCGGGCGGUGGCGGAGGAGGAGAGCAAGGGCACGGCCACCUACUGCACCGUGUGCAGCAAGAAGUUCGCCACGUUCAACGCCUACGAGAACCACCUUAAGUCCCGGCGGCACGUGGAGCUGGAGAAGAAGGCGGUGCAGGCCGUGAGCCGCCAAGUGGAGAUGAUGAACGAGAAGAACUUGGAGAAGGGACUGGGCGUGGACAGUGUGAACAAGGAUGCCAUGAACGCCGCCAUCCAGCAGGCCAUCAAGGCCCAGCCUUCCACGUCUCCCAAGAAAGCGCCCUUCAUGCCCACGGACGAAUCCAGGAGGAUGGCGGGCGCGGUCCGACGGGGCACCCCGGAGCGAGACCCGACGGAGAAGCCGCCCCGGCUCCAGUGGUUCGAACAGCAGGCGAAGAAGCUGGCGAAGCAGCAGUGGGAGGAGAGUGAGGAGGAGGGAGAGGAAGACGACGAAGAUUGGGAAGAUAUUGAUUCCGAUGAUGGAUUGGAAUGUGAGAACCCUGGAGUGGAGGAAGAGGAUGCAGAAGAUGCAGAGGCUGAGGAGAGCCCACCCCUAGGUGCCAUCCCAAUAACAGACUGCUUAUUUUGUUCCCAUCAUUCAAGCUCCCUUGUGAAAAAUGUGGCUCAUAUGACUAAAGUCCACAGCUUUUUUAUUCCUGAUAUAGAGUAUCUUUCAGAUUUGAAAGGAUUAAUUAAAUAUUUGGGAGAGAAAGUUGGUGUUGGCAAAAUCUGCUUGUGGUGCAAUGAGAAAGGGAAAUCCUUCUAUUCCACAGAAGCUGUGCAAGCACACAUGAAUGACAAAAGCCACUGUAAGCUCUUUACAGAUGGUGAUGCUGCGCUGGAGUUUGCAGACUUCUAUGAUUUUAGGAGUAGCUACCCAGAUUACAAGGAGGGGCAGGAUCCUGCUGAGAUUGAAGACUUGUCCUCAGAAAAGAUCUUGGAAUGUGAUGAUGAAACCAUGGAGCUGAUACUUCCCUCUGGUGCCAGAGUGGGUCAUCGCUCCUUGAUGAGAUACUACAAACAACGAUUCGGCUUGCCAAGAGCUGUGACAGUUGCUAGAAAUCAAAAGGCUGUGGGCAGGGUCCUCCAGCAGUACCGAGCCCUGGGGUGGACGGGCAGCACAGGAGCAGCUCUCAUGCGUGAACGGGACAUGCAGUAUGUCCAAAGGAUGAAGUCGAAAUGGAUGCUGAAGACAGGAAUGAAGAACAAUGCCACCAAGCAGAUGCACUUUAGGGCCCAAGUGAGAUUCUGAGAGGCUGAGACUGAGAGAUUAUCUCUGGCAGCACUUCCCUCCUUGUCUGAGGACCAGUGAAGCCAGAUUGCCGAAUGGUUCUUUUGCUGCUACUUCAUUUGUUCUGAUCUAAUAAAGUCAAGAUCAUACUUGUCUUCCAA